CUUGACUAGUAAGAGUGUGCAGCAAAAAAGAAGAAACAAGAGUGAGGAGCGGCAUGGCCUUGAAAAUGUUACAGUAAGAAAAACACUAUGAAGAGUGCGGACGCUGUUGAGGAAUAUACAUGGAGAUAAGCGGACAGUGAGUCUCAGAGUGACUGUUAUUCAGCGCAGCGCCGUGUUUGAGUCAGCCGGAGGAGUACUUUGUGUUCAACGGGGAGCGCAGCUAACGGCUAAUGUAGCUCACAUUAGUUUAUCUGACAGACUUCAUCCACGUGCAGCUAAACCAGCUACUCAACUCGGUGAAGCUGUUAGCCUGCUGUGUACCGGACCUGCAUGAGAGGACCUGCGGUGAGUUUCUACCAGGAGAGUGGGAGGAGUCGUCUACAUCCCCUGCUUCAGCAACCCGCUGUACCACAGACGGGAUGAGGAGGACGCCAUUACUGCAGUGAGCUGGUAACUGUGUGUUUUUUUUUUAAGCGCUGUAGCGCGAAGCAGCCAUCAUCGUUUUCUGGCUCCCACGCACACAAGCAUUGCUCCAGGCCUGCAUCACUAACACACUGGGUACCCAUUUUAUUUUCAAUCUGCUGUUGAGAGAGAUAAACUAGCCAUGGCUCACCGUUUCUUUGAAGGCGUGCAGCAAGCAUCUUCUUACUGGAAGUACAGGAUCUCUCCAUCAGAUCUCCUAAUACGACCAGUCCUUUACUUUCUGGAAAAACAAAAAGGUCAUCCUUUUGAGCUGGCAGUGGAUGUUGGUUGUGGCUCAGGACAGGGCACGGUGCUGCUGGCCAAACAUUUUGCCUCUGUGGUUGGGCUAGAUGUAAGUCCUGCGCAGUUGGAAGUGGCUGUACAGCAUGCUAAAAAGCCAAACAUCACAUAUAGACAGUGUGUGGCUGAAGAGCUGCCUUUUGCUGACAGCUCAGUGGACUUGAUAACUGCCAUGUCUGCCUUCCACUGGUUUGACCGACCUCGCUUUCUCCAGGAUGCCCACAGAGUCCUGAGGCCCCGUGGCUGCAUAGCUCUGCUCAGCUACACCAUCGACAUGGAGCUCAGCUACUCUGACUGCUGCUCACACACACUCAACCAAGUCUGUAAAGAGUUUUAUGCAGCCUUGGAGCCUUACCGAAGUCCCCACCUUGGUUCCAAUACCAGUGAGUUAUACCGGGAGGCCUAUGAAUCCAUCCCUUACCCUGACAAGGAGUGGCACGACUGUGUGUGGGUGAAAAGGUCCAUGCCUCUGUUCAGCUACAUGGGGUUAGUGAAGUCUUUCUCGAGCUAUCAGACUCUGCUGAAACAAAAUCAGCAGAAAGCCACCGCGCUUUCCCAAGACAUCUGUCAAAGGUUGAUGUCCAUCAUGGGGGUGACAUCUUCAGAGACAGAGGUGGAGGUGGCUGUGAAGUAUUUUUACCUUCUGGCCUGCAAAUCACAGGAAGCCUGACUCCUGCCAGCUCUCACAGUUUCAACAAAGUCAUGGAGAAACUCGAGCUACCACCCAGUCUUUUAUCAACUACUCCUAGACAUGCAAGAUAUAUGGAUGUUCUCAUCUAACUGUUGGCAAGAAAGCUUUUCUAUAAAAUAUCAAACUUUUGCUUUAAGAGAGAGUCAUAAGGAUGAUGAGCACAAGUAUACAUUUACUCAUAUUCCUCUGCUUCUUUUUUUAUGGUACUGACAAUGUGCAGAACUAUGUUUGCAUUAUAUUGGUGAUGAAGUAAAUACAGUAGCUACAGUUGAAUGUUUUAGAUAUUUUCACAGAAAAUCACUAGAGGGAGACAUUUCAUCAAAAGUGAUUAUUGGCACUGUUCUCUUGUAGGAUACUGUAUCAUCAUAUUCACCUACACAUACAAGAAAAUGUUACCUGCAAUAUGAACAAAAAUGAUUUUAUAUAACACAACCAUGUCAUAACAUCUUCAGACAUUUAUCUUUUUCUUCAGGCUUUCCUCCUGAUUCCUUUCCCGUCAUCUUCACGCACCUGACUAAGGAGGACAGAAUUACUUUUGACCCCUACUGGCCCAAAUCUUCUCAUCUAAUAUGUGCCACAUAGGAGGAAAAAAAAGUUUGUUUUUGAAAGUUUGUCAUGGCCUUUGACAGUGGUUAGGGAAGUAUUCAGUUCAUUCACUAAAGUAAAAGCACUGUAAAAAUACUCUGUUACAAGUAAAAGUCCUGCACGGAAAAUGUUACUUUAGUUGAUGUAUGUUUGUACAAUCAGGGAAAUGCAUUUAUGUGUUGAAAGUGAAAGUUCUCGUGCAGAAAACUUUAUAUGAAUUUAAUAAUUCUAAAUCAUCAAAGUGAUUUAAAUGAAAAGCAGCAAGUCCUCAUAUUUGAGGAGCUGGAACCAAGAAAAAAUUAAUAUAUAGUUUACUAAAAAUAAUUUUUUAAACCUACUAUUUCUUACAAGUUCCUCGUUGCAUUUUUCCCCAUGUUUCUCAAAGUGUUCAAAGGUUUAAACACCUGUGAAAGGCAUCUUGAUGCAGCACAAAAGUGAUGACGAUCCAGGAAGUUGUAAUUUACUAAACUUGAGAUAAGAAGUUGUUGCUUAUUCUCACAGACUUUAUCAUAGGUUAUUGUUUGUCAUUAUUAUCAGAUGCUUGUAAUGCCCUCCAUUUUCAAAUCUGUGUGAAAAUGCUCUCUGCAACCUUUCUUCACCAGUGGAAGAUCUGCUGAUACAGAAUCUGACACUUUUUUUUUGUCUAUAUUCACACAAACAUGCCUUUUCUUGUUAAGUGGCCUCUUCUAAUGGUUUUGAAUCUUAGUCCAUGCUGGAGACAUUUGUUCUAAACCCAUUUUGAUGUUGCAGUACUGAAGCGUUCAUCCUUCAGUUGUGCUAUUGGUAGCCGCUGGCACGACUUGAGGCCUUGGCCUGACUGUGACCCAUGCAGGUGUUAUGAGUGGGCAUGUUUAUCAGGUCUGCACCUGGCAGCACAGAAGAGGCAGGCUGUCAGGUUUUAUCUUUUGGCCUUAUGCUAUUUUGGUCUUCAACUCUGGCCCUCCGCUGCUGUAAAGCCUUCAUCAUCAUACCAUGCAAUCCAACUUUAUGGAAACAGAUGAAUCAAAAAGGCUACAUUAUAGUUAUGGCUAUCACAAAAUUUCUCAAUUUAAUUCUUUAUUCAUGCAAUGCAUUGCGCCUACUUUUUUGCAAAACAGAAAAAAGAUUUGUCCAUAAUUAUCCAGGGAUUUGUCCAGUAUUAACAGGAUGGUUCAGAUUUUUUGAAGGGGUGGUAUGAGGUACUAUGACAAGAGUAUAAAUGGAAAACUGAAGCUGAAAGCAACUUCCCUGCGGAAACAAGCUGUCUGAUGGAAACAGUAAGCAGUGAAAACACUCUCAGUACAGCAUACACUUUAACUGAUGUUGAUGUCUCAAGGUGAGACUUUUUCUAGGUAGCUAAAAUACAUAUUGUGGCUGACCCCCAUCCCUAUGCAUUUCUUAGCUUCUGUGGACUUCAGCCUGCUUCUCUGAAUUGUGGCCUGUCGGCUGACAGCUGCAGUAUGUAACACUGACUGUGGAUAAGUAUCCUAUACAGCCACCUUAAAAAGUCCAAACUAUCCCUUUAAACUAGGAGGGACCCCAAAGCUGAGGUCCAAAUGACAAUCAUGGCGUUUCAAUAAGUAGCAGCUCAAUGGAUUUUAUUCUUUAGAGAUUAAAGAAUUCAAUGGAUAUAAAAACAACUUUUUUAUGCAUGGCGGCAGUUGAAAAAGUUUUUAAUUCCCAGUAUCACUGAACUCAUUGAAGCACAUAUAAAUGUUGUCCCUUUAUGUGCUAAAAUGGAUAUUUUAUUUUCUCACAUGGAAAUGUGUAAUUUAAUCCUUGACCAUUGAAGGUGUGUCUGAUAAUUGUAUUGAGGUAAAACAGUAUGAUUUUCUUUUUAUGAUUUUCAAAUAUAUCUACCAACUAUUAAAAUGAGUACCACAAAGCUU